UUAGCUUUACAGCUCUCCAAAGCUUGUUUUUUUUUCCAACAAGUAUAUAAACCACUUUAUUUUUAACUUCUUACGGUUGUUUUCAGUUUUUUUCUCUUUUUCCUCUCUCUCUUUUACUCUUUUCCUCUUUCUUGAUCUCUUAUCAAACAAUAGGAAUGGUGGAUCGGCCAGUCAGUAGUACAGAAAAACUCGUAGAGAAUGCAUACGCAGGCACGGUGCAUCAGGCAUACCAGUUUCUGCAGGCGGUGGAAAUGAAUCGUCAACAACCCCUGAGCAAUCACUGCAUUGAGUAUCUUGCCAAAUACAUAGCACAUGCUUGGGAACCCACCACACCGGCAGACCCAUCGUUAUUGGACGAAUUAAUCAGCUUAAUGCACAGCCUCCCUCUUCGCGUUCCAGCAUACUGUCCUGGUCUUGCUCUCCUCCUUGCCAUUUACUAUGUUGACCGGCUUAAACAGCUUUAUAUCAACAUCAAAGGCGCUCAUAAAUGUUCACUUCGCUUAUUGUUGGUCGCAUAUACCGUGGCGGCCAAGUAUCUCCGCAACAACCUGCAGCUCAUCAUGAACGACCGGAUGCCAACCACACCCCCUGCCGACGACUCUUCUACAGCUACUAAACCAGCGCUGCUAUCCGUAUUAUCAAACCCGCCAAAAGGUUCAGCAGCAGCAUCAGAUAAGCAACAGGUUGACCAAACGAUCAUGGCACGCAUGGAACUGGAAUUGCUUCACUUUUUGAAUUACAACUUGAGCAUCGACGAGCCAUCAAAGCUUAUCUGGUGGGCAAAAGCGUACGAAUAUGGCGGCGAUAAUAACGAUUUAAUACCGCACAUUCACUAUAUUUCGGGUGACGAAGGAGAUGACGAAUUGGAGCAUGACGAUGACCUGUAAAAGAAUCGAUAGUAACAACAAUAGUAUUAAUAGCAGAACUAGUAGUGAUGAUAGCAACGCUCCCCAGCCAACCAACCAAUAUUAACAACAUCAAUAUCCCAUCAUUUUGUACAUAUGUAAAACAACAUAUUUUUUCUCAGCUGUAACAUUUUUGCUUUUAUAAAAUUUGUUUUUUGUUUUUUCUAAA